AUGGAUCAUGAACUUGAGAAACAUGCAUACGGGAUUGUGUGGAAAGCAAAAUCAAAACAGCUGAACAAGAUCGUUGCUUUAAAAAAGAUAUUUGAUGCUUUCCGUAAUAAAACAGAUGCACAGCGAACAUUUCGCGAAAUUGCUUUUUUGCAAGAAUUUUCGGAUCAUCCAAAUAUUAUAAAAUUAUUGGGUGUUAUUCCUGCACGGAAUGAUCAUGAUAUUUAUCUGGUUUUUGAAUUCAUGGUUUACCUUGUACAAUUUACAGUUGGUAUAGAAACGGACCUACAUAAGGUAAUAAAGAGGGGGAAUAUUUUAAGGGAUCUGCACAAGAAGUACAUAAUCUAUCAAAUUCUGAAGGCAGUUAAAUACAUUCAUUCUGCCAAUGUUAUUCAUCGUGAUCUUAAACCUUCAAACAUUCUUCUAGAUUCUGAUUGUAAUGCGAAGGUGUGCGAUUUCGGCCUCACGCGUUCCCUUACACGACUUCCGGUACAAAACGGCAGUGAUGUUCCUGCAGACCUAGGAAAUCCCGAAUUGACAGAAUAUGUGGCUACCCGGUGGUAUAGAGCCCCUGAAAUUCUUCUUUCAUCAUCUCAUUACACAAAGGGCGUUGAUAUGUGGUCAAUUGGCUGCAUUAUGGCGGAAAUGUUCAUUGGUAAAGCCUUAUUUCCCGGAAGUUCGACUUUACAUCAAAUUGAGAUGAUAAUGUCGGUUGGCCCGGAACCCAGUCGUGAAGGUUCGUCUUAA